AUGUCUUCUCACUGGAACUGCGAAUCUUGCAACUACGGCCCUCACAGCGUCGAGCUUCACAAAUCUUGCAUGCGCUGCGGAUCUCCUCGCACCUCGACCAUGUCCGAGGAAACCCACUCGCACCACGGUCUACACAUGUGCAGCGCCAUGUCUCCGUAUCCCGCUCCGGUACAGAGCCACGAGCUCUCCUCCAGCCCAUUGAAGGGCUCAGCACCGGUCAUCAUGCACGGUUCUUCCCUCCGACAGCCUUCGUUAUUCGGCGGAGAGGUGAUUGACCGUCCGACUUCCAACCUGGCCAACUACGGCAUCGAGGGUGCCAAAACGUACAACCAGACCUACAUGUACAUCUGCUGUCAAUGCAAUGACGGCCCGAAGAUCUACAACGUUCAACCACGCUGUGUGAUGUGCCAGCACGUUGUUUGCUCCGGCUGCCAGCACGUGAAAUGA